AUGUCUUCAGAAACGUCGGUAUUGUGCUCGGUGGACGAGUUCGUCUCCGUCCCCUUUGACUUCAUCAUUGCAGGUGGAGGCACUGCUGGACUAGUUCUGGCCGCCCGUCUCUCUGAAAAUGAUGCGUUUCGCGUUGGGGUCCUUGAAGCCGGCGCCAACAAGCUGGAUGAUCCACUGGUCAAUGUCCCGACUCUCUACAUGCAGGGGGCGAACAAGCCGGAGUAUGACUGGACCUUGAAGAGUGUCCCUCAGAAACACGCCAACAACCUCGAAUAUUCUUUACCGCGAGGGAAAAUGCUGGGCGGCACCAGUGGUCUCAACCAGAGCCUCUGGAUGAGGGGAACGCGCACCGAUUUCGAUGAGUUGGCGGCUUUUGUCGGCUCAGGCGAGUGGUCUUGGGACGGUCUGCUACCGUAUUUUCGGAAACAUGAGCGGUUGGACGCGCAAGACGCUCCUCUCUAUCCUUCUGAAACCCACGGAACGACCGGUGUGAUCCAUACCAGCACCAAUCGCUCCCAAGUACCCAUCGAGAAGGACCUUCUCGAUACUUGCAGAGAGGUUGCAGGUUUCGAUCCGACCUCCGAGGAUCCGACGACUGGAAAUCGAGACAACUUUUUCAACGCACUGUCGACCGUAGAUCGAACUGAACGUCCCGGCACGCGUAGCUAUGCAGCCUCAGCGUACCUGCUCCCCAACCUCGGACGAGCCAAUCUCAAGAUUCUCACCCGAGCCACCGUGGAUAGCGUCAGAUUUGACGGCUCCACGCAGGAGCCUGCAGCGGAUGGAGUGCAUUUCUGGCAUGGUGGGAAGCGGUACACCGCGACUGCGACGAGGGAGGUCAUCAUCUGCGCCGGGACGUAUAAAACGCCUCAGAUUCUCGAGCUGUCCGGGAUUGGAGAUCCACAAGUCCUGCAGGCGGCAGGGGUCGAGUGUAUUGUCGCGAACAAGCUUGUCGGUGCCAACAUGCAAGACCAUCAUGCCUUUGCUGUUUCAUUCGAGCUGGCCCCCGGAGGCUUCUCCAUCGAUGCCUUCGUCAACCCAGAAGUUGUCAAGCCCUUCAUGGAGCUAUACCAGAAGACUGGGACCGGACCACUGGCGAAUCCUCCCUCGGGUAUGGGAUACAUCAGCUACGGGGCAAGGGUGGCACCCGAGGAACUGCAAGCUACGCUUGACGCCGUGGAAUCGACUCGGGGCAUCGAAACACCCCUCAGCGAAGCGCAACAGCGACGGGUACUCCAAAAGCUGAAGGACCCCAAGGCGGCCGCAAUCCAAUUCCUCUUUAUCCCGGCCUACAUCAACACGGAAAAGGGCCUCGCAGACCAGUCCUAUUUCCUCACACCGCCGGCCAACAGCGACACCAACCACGUCAGCAUCGUCGCGGCGUUCCAGUACCCGCUCAGCCGGGGCAGCGUGCACAUCACGAGCCGCGAUGCGCAAGUCCAACCGGCCAUCGACAACGCGUUCCUCGCCCACCCGGUCGACAUGGCCGUGCUGCGCUCCGCGCUCCCAUUCCUGAACGCCGUCUCCCUGGCCCCGCGGAUCAAGGAGCAACUGCACCCGCGGUACUCGUUCGCGGCCCAGGUCGGGCUGGGAGACAGGGACGCCGAAGAGGCCUGGCUGCGCGGGAAUGUGGGCACCGAGCACCACCCGAUCGGCACCGCGGCCAUGGGCGACGUGGUCGACGCGCAGCUGCGGGUCCUCGGCGUCCAGCGCCUGCGUGUCGUCGAUGCAAGCGUCCUGCCCGUCAACUUCUCGGGAAAUCCCAUGGCCACCAUAUACGCCGUGGCGGAGAAGGCGUCGGAUAUGGUUAAGGCGGCGCAUGUGUUGAAUUGA